CAUCGGGUAGUGCGCAGCCCCCUCCGCCCACAAAUGAAUUACAGGCCUUAAAAGGCCAAUUAGACCAUGUCCUGCAGGGCAUAAAUUACAUGGCCGAGCGGCUAAAGUUUUUAGAGGAAAAACAAAACGAAGCCUCUAAGGAGAGGGAGGAAGAGAAAAAAAGGAAAGAAGAGGAAGAGCGGAGAGAAAUCCAAAGGAGAGAGGAACAAAGAAUCCAGAGGGGCCGCGCCCGAAUAUUUAGGGACCGCAUAGGGAGGGGGCCAUAUGAGGGCCCUUCCGAUGGAGAUUCCGAAGAAAGGGCAGAACCGAGAGGAGGGUGGAGGGGCCGGGGAGGAAGAAGGGGCACCAAACUGUCAAACGGACCUCUACUGGUCGGUUUAUGGUAUCCCUUCCUUUUAAAGAAUCGGAACCAGACGUAG